AUGCCUAAGUCUCCGAAGUUGGAGUCCCUUUGGAUAGAUGAGGCGGAAAACUACAAGAAGCAGGCUAGACGACAGACCAAAAGGAAAGUCUUGAGCAAGAAGAAGUCGAUGCAUUUUUUGAGGUUGUUUGACCAGUCUGCCGAUGAAAUACAAUUCGCCAAAUCCAAGCAGUUCGAUAAACUUAUUAGUACCCCCUUUGGUUUUGAUCAUGUUGCUCACAUAGACUCGAAAGGUAGUUUUGGCUUGGAAAAUUCGUUUCACACUGUCGAUUUGUCCGUGCUACCGCAGUUCAUGGAAAAUACAGCCUCUCAUGAGAAGAAUGUCAUGGCUUCUUUUGCUGAAUCCUCUCGAGCUCGUAGCUUUGGAGCCAAGGAGCCAUCUGAAAAGACUCCCCGGACCCAGCAAAAUAAUGUGCCAUUCAAAGUGUAUUCCUCUUUUAGAACUAGCUCUAUUCUCACAUCAUCUCAAACGGUUGCAUCAUCGGUUCCAGGCGUUCCUAUCCCCGCAACUCCUUCUGUUGGACAUUCUCCCUAUUCUAUCAAACAUAUGAGAAGUGCAAGUGUAAUUUCUUCAUUGUCAAAUAAGGCAAUUAGUAGAUCAGAUUCUGUCUUCACCAGAGCCACUACCGUAUCUACCAUGACUUCUCUCAACUCUUCUCCUGCGCAAAGUGUUCAAUUGAGAAGGAAAAGUAACGGCGUUGCUUUCAGAUCAAUCUACGAAGGCGGUAUCAUGCUUUCUCCAAAAGAGUUUUUGCCUCUUAUUCGCCAGGAAGGUGAUAAUAAACACCAUCACAUGAACAGCAGUAUGCAUUCAAAUUCUUCAGCAUCUGGAUCAGCGUCCGGAUCACAAUCUCGUUCCGGAAGUUCUUCCCUCCGUUACAGUCGAUUGAGCCGAGAUUCUACCGCCUCUACAAGCUUAUGCUCCAACCUUUUAAAAACUGAUAAAAAUGUGGGGCAGCGGACAGAAAGUCAUGUUAAUCAGCAUGUAGAGGACUCGGAAUCUGACGAUGAUAUCAAGCUCGAGAAAUUUGAACUUUCAGAUCUAUCAAAUCGACUAGCAAAGAGUAAGUCAACUCCUGCCUUGAUGGAGACACUUUCUGGAGAAACAGAGACCAAACCUCAAAGGUCUGCUACAAAGGAAUAUACCGUUAGAUUUAAGACUAGCGAAAUAGUUCAGGCGCCAAUUCCACACUCUAUAUCUUCUGGUUCUAUUGGUUCGUCACCUCUAUGCAAACGGACUGAUCCCUGUGUGAAUGACGCAGAAGAGGAAGAGCCAGACGAUGAUAAAAAUGUUGAGGACUUCUUUGGUGAUUUAGGGCUCGAUAAUGUUGAUUUUGGGCACCAAAAGGACCUCGAUAAGGCCUUCCUGUCUUUGAUUCUUGACGACGACGAUUCCUCUCAGGAAGAUGAAUCUGAAGCGAUUAUAGCCAAGACGGAAUCGGCUCUACGAUCCCUUCAGGCCGUUGCUGUUGCCACAUCAAGACGUUCGAUGAGGCACUAA